GCUGCCUUAAUUUUCGAUAUUGGAUUGUGUUGUUUCAAAACAAUGCAUCUCAUAUUUCCUAUUUCUGUUCUGCCUUUUCUUGUACAACGAAGCAAACGUACUAUUUUCGUUUAAUGAACGCCAUCACGGGAUAACCUUAAAUACGGACGUGGAGAAAUAAUUUUUUAAAAUGGAACAUACUCUUGCUGUGAAAAUAAUAUCACUUUGUGCUUUAUUCCUCGUAACGUUUGCCGCAGGUUUAUUGCCCUUAUUUCUUCGCGAUAAAAAGGAUGUCGAGAGGACACCAAGUGAUUUGACGAGGAGAAGUAAACGAAAUCAGAGACGGAAACAACUGUUGAGCUUGGGUAUGUGCUUCGCUGGUGGAGCGUUCUUUGCCUCAAGUAUGUUGGAACUUUUGCCGACAGUCGAUGACGAUUUUAAGUAUAUUUUAAAAGGCAAAAAUUCGAAGUAUCCACUAGCAGAAUUCGGUGUUUCGGUUGGAUUUUUUAUUGUUUUGUUCAUCGAGCAAAUAGUACAUGCGACGCAAGAGGGCCAAGAAUCACGUGAACAUAGCCAUCUGUAUGUACCAAACAGCAAAACUCCCUUGUUAAGAAAUGGCGAUCGGAAAAGUGCUCGACCAGGAAGUUCUACGAUGCUUGAAAAUGGAGAAAGUGAUGACAAUAUACAUGCUAUGGCCGAAAAUCUCGGUCAAUUGAAUGGUGAUAACACUCAAAAUGAUCUCGCUGAAAUUGACGAUGAGCCAGAUCCUCUGUUAGCCAACCUACAAAAGAAACACCACAACUUUCGACAUUAUCUUAGUACUUAUAUCUUGUUCAUUGCAUUAUCCGUCCAUGCAUUGUUUGAAGGUCUAGCUAUAGGAUUAUUUCAUAAAGUUGAUAAAAUGAUCGGAGUUUUAGGCCCAGUAAUAGUUCACAAGUGCCUUUUGGCAUUUUCACUUGGUGUAAAUAUGGUCCAACAAGAUUUUCGUCCUCUAGCAAUAGCCCGGUCAUCGUUUGUAUUUUCUGCCCUAAGUCCUACAGGUUUUGGUAUUGGCAUACUUUUGGUGAAUUAUGAAUCAUCAUCUACUACUGGACAUGUCCUCUCCGCUGUGUUUCAAGCAAUUGCAACUGGAACCUUCUUUUACGUUACUUUCUUUGAGAUCUUGUUCCAUGAAUUGAACAGUAAAGAUUGUCAUAGAUUGGUAAAGCUUUUCUCUUUGGUGUUGGGUUAUGGUGUUGUGGCCAUUGUUGAGUUCUUUAAGAGUGAUAUAUAAUGAAGAUAUUAAUGAGAAACGUUUGAUCA